AAGAAAUCCAAUAAUUUCCAAGCUUCCUCUUUGUGCCAAAAGGCUAUUCUAAGAAAAGUCUGAGCACGCCCGCAUUGUUCAGGCUUUUCUGUUUCCUCCAUAUACCAAAUCCACAGUUCUGCAUUCACAGCCAUGAGCUCGUCGGCCAGCAGUGUCAUCGACUUUCUUCACAUCGUCGAGCGUCUAAAGCGCACCAAGCGCACGGGAUGGAUCAACAACGGGGUUUCGGGACCCGAGUCAAUCGCCGACCACAUGUACCGCAUGGGCAUAAUGGCGAUGCUCAUCGAGGACCCGUCGCUGGACAGAACGCGGUGCAUCAAGAUGGCCAUCGUGCACGACCUGGCUGAGGCCCUGGUCGGCGACAUCACGCCCUACGACGGAGUCAGCAAGGAGAAGAAGCGUGAGAUGGAGCUGGAUGGCAUGAGGCAGAUCUCGCGCACCUUGGGCGACUCGGCAUACGCACAAGAGAUCGCGGAUCUGUGGCUCGAGUACGAGAACGACGAGACCAGCGAGGCGCACCUGGUGCAUGAUCUCGAUAAAUGCGAAAUGAUUGUGCAGGCGCUGGAAUACGAAAAGUCGGAUGCAAAGGACCUCGAGUCGUUCUUCGCUUCGACAAGAGGCAUCUUCAGGCACCCGCAGGUGCAGUCGUGGGUCGAGGAAAUCUACAAGCGUCGUAGCGCAGCCUGUGAAGAAAUAAAAUAAAAGCAGUAUUUAUUUGUCUAUCAAUAGAGCUUCAAGUGGCCUGAGACCUUGUCGACCAGGCUGAUCGGUCCUGGUCCGAUGCCCAGCACGGUCCGCGAUCCAGAGGCAAUCUGGGUCCGUCCAGCAUCGCAGAUGGACUGGGCCACCAGACCAAGGCUCGCCGCCCUCCGCUGCAGCUCCAGCAUCUCCUCCUCGCUGUUGACCUUGAGUGUGACUUUGGCCUGCCCUGUGUAUUCCCAUGCCUUCAGCACCGCCGGGCUCUGCUUCAAUGCGCGCUUGUAGCAUCCAAGCGCGGCAUGCGCGCAUUGCGCAGCCACCUUGCCCUUGGUCAUCCCGAGAUC